GAAGUGUUAAGAUAAAACGAGGGGAUUUCCAUAAUGAAGAACACUUUUUGUGAGUUAAUUUCAACAAUAUGAAUAAGAUUCAUCAAGUUUGUUUUACCCUUCAAUCUACAGGUUUUUACUUUUCAGUUUUUCUCGUUAUUUUCUCCGCUCUCGGAAGGCAUGUUCAAAGCUUGACGUGUUUGAGAUGCUCAGAUAUCACAGAACCCAGAUUGUGUAAUAAGAUCGAACACUGUCAUGACGGAGAGGUGUGCGCAGUGCAGCAGUACCGAGCAGAUAACGGCGAUAUUGGUUAUUGGACAGGGUGUUAUCCACAAAAGGAAUGUGCUGCUGUAGACAAUAGAACCGUUAUAACCACCAAACGGAGUCAGUAUAUUGACGGCGUUGUACAGUGUAGGGACUGCUGUACCACAGAUAUAUGUAACGCCUACGGAUGCGGAACUCCUAAGUACCCCGAUACUCGAGGCCCUAUCUGCUUUGACUGUGAGGAUGUUGCGGAUCCAACGGACUGUCACACCAUCACUCCGUGUGACCUCAAUCAAAAAUGCAUGAUACACGAGAGGACCGUCUUUGGGCAAAAGUAUUUCACUUCCAAGUGUGAAUCUGUUAUGGGAUGUUUUGUACAUUUUACUGGACCGGUCGUCGGCAGGAAGCGAGAUCUAAACGGGGUGUGUCUUCACUGCUGUGACGGGGAUCUCUGUAAUGCUAACUGUUCUUCAGCAUCUAGCGCCACAAUCAACAAACCCAAUGUCCCAGUGAUGCCGGAACACGUUGCCUUCCAUGCAGUGGCUUACAGUUCUACAAGUGUAACUGAUAUAAUAUUCGAUCACGUGAUCACAAAUAUCGGCGAUGGAUACGACAAUGCCACGGGAGUUUUUACUGUACCCACGACAGGGUUGUAUGUGUUCUCCUGGACGAUAGAGGCAUACGGACAAUUGACAGAAGGUGCACUUCUUGUGAACGGAGUGCAGAACGGACAGUCAAGGGCCCAUGAAUCCACCUCACAUUACGACACAACUACAUCAUUUGCCGUCCUUAACCUUACAAUAACCGAUAAAGUGUCGGUCAGGGUGAUUAGAGGACGUGCAGAAGCGAGACACACUAUGUUCUCUGGCUGGAAGAUCAAUAAAACAGAUGACACAGCAUUUGAUGCCUCUCUUUCACGUGAUGUAAGUGGUUCUCAUAUCGUGUAUGACAACGAAACUUUAGACACAGAUAAUUCCUACUCCCCAUCCACUGGAAACUUCGUGGCGCCUCGUUCUGGUCUUUAUGUUUUUAUGAUGUCAGCAGUUAAUUUUGGAAGCUAUGAAUACAGCUGCAAGUUUCGCUUAAGUAACGGCAAAUCUCAGCCGGAUGUUUGGGUGGAUUCACAAAGCGGGUAUUACGAUAGCAGCAGUUAUAUGACAUUUGCUUGGUUAAAUGCCGGUGAAUAUGUGUAUGUCUACGCAGACAAAAUGAGGAAGACUUCUGUGUUUGCAGGAUGGCAACUUGUGAAUGACAUGAGCGUGUCCAAGUCCACAUACCCAGCAUUCCUUGCUUCUCUAGGUAGUGAUUUUUCCUCAUCACCGGUGGUCUUUGGUUCAACGUACUCCGGAUAUCACCAUGGUUACUCAACUAGCACUGGCAUAUUCACUGCAGAUCGUGAUGGAGUGUACGUGUUUCUGUACAAUAUAGAGGCUCAAAGCGAACUUGUACGUACCACACUGAGAGUGAACGGAGUGGAUAAAUUCGAACUGAGGUCAGAUGGACGCAGUACUGGUUAUGACGACACUUCCGCCGUUUCUGUGCUCCAAUUAUCGCCCGGCGAUCAAGUCUCUGUUGAACGUAAAUAUGGAACCGUGGACGGUGGUCAGUCCCUCUUCUUUGGCGUACUUCUGUUUGAAAUGUAACUUUUACUCCAUCACCAUUUAUGUUUAUGGUAAUACAAUACUGAAAACCC